UUAGUUUCCCACUUCCCGCUAGCUUUGAGCCCAAAGCAUUACUAUAAUUGUAGAAGGGACCAUCUAUCUUAACUCAUGGACGGAGCCCCUCAGCAAGUGGCGGCCUGGAGAUGGGAAAGUUGACAUCCAUGCCUGCAGGUCUGAUAUAUGCAUCUAUAAAUGUGCAUCUAGCCAAAGAAGAGGAACCCAAAAAGCAGCUAAUGAGACCAGACAAGCUCCCCAUAUACACUGCGCCACCUCUCCAUUCUAAAUAUGUUGAAGAACAGCCUGGUAAUUUACAAAGGGGCUUUGCAUCUGUCCGCACUACAACUGUUUAUUAUAUUGGCUGGUGCAAGAGCAUUUAUCUCUUUAUGAAGAAUGGGGUUAUGGAUACAGUACAAUUUGGAAAAGAUGCAUAUGUCUAUCUGAAGAAUCCUCCUCAAGAUUUUCUUCCCAAAAUGGGAUUGAUUACAGCUUCGGGAUUGGCAGGUUUGGUUUCAGCAAGGAAAGGUUCUAGGUUUAAGAAGAUUGCUUAUCCACUAGGACUGGCCACAUUAGGAGCAACUGUUUGUUACCCAGCUCAGUCAGUAAUAAUUGCAAAGAUAACUGGGAAAAAGGCAUAUGCUACAAGCCAGCAAAUUUUUCAAGCCAUUAAGUCAUUGUGGACAAAAAACAGUGAAAACGAAUCACUCCCUGAACCAAAGGAAGAAACCAAGGAAGGAAGGUCUGAUGAAAUCCCUGCCAAAAUGCCUGACAGGAAACAUUCAGUAUCUUUGCCAAAAGACAUUGCCUCUGCAACAAAGAUUAAAUCAGAAUCCACCUCAGGUACUACACAGUUUAUACCUGACCCCAAGCUCAUGGAUCACGGGCAGUCUCAUCCAGACGAUAGAGAUAUGUACAGCACUAGAAGCUGAAUUAUUUUGCAGAAGGAGCCUGCAUAAAGAACUGCAAGGUGUACCAAGUUGCAAACAAUGGGGAAAGAUCACAUAAUGAAUGGGUAAUUGUCAGAAUGUGACUUGAAAUUUUUCCAUGACAUUUUCAAAUAAACAGUUUGGUCAAUGA